AUGAAUCCUCUAGAUAGGUUUUAUUUAAAUAAGAAGUGUUAUAUUGGAAGUGGUCAGAGAACGGCUGUGCAUAAUGAAUCCACUAGAAGUGUUUUCUUGGAAGUGGUCAGAGAACAGCUGUGUAUAAUUAAUCCACUAGAAGAGUUUUAUUGGAUCCACGAUGCUUUCAAUGGAAAAGAAAUUGCUGCACAAAUCGGGAAAGCAUUAGAAAAAGGCGAGAAAGCUUUCAUAAAAAUUGAAGAUAACGAAAAGCAAAAACAAAAAGACGGGAUAGACAAAACGAACAAGACAACAGCAACAGACCAACUGGCAUUGAUUGCUGCACCAGAAGAAGACACCAGAAAACUUGCAAAGAAAGCCAGUAUCCAGCUGGCGGCUUUAAAGGAGCUCCUUUUAAUGUCGGUUGCAGUAGAAUAUAUUCUAAACAAUCUACAUUGCAUUUUCAGGGAGAACCUGAACAUAUACAGUUUAAAAGCAAAUAAAAAGUACCUACGCCUUUGGAAGCAGAAGUUUCACGAAUACUGUCCAGGAAUUUACACUGGUACAACAUGUGAUCCCAAAGCCUACUACAGAACAGCAGACGGCACUUGCAAUAAUCUACAGAAUCCCACCUGGGGCGCGCUUUUAUGUCCGCAAAGGAGAGAAAUUCCACCCAUGUAUUCUGACGGUAUUGAUGCACCCCGAGAUCGCGACUUGUUAGGUUAUCCCCUCCCAAGUGCUCGAGUGGUCAGUAAUGCACUGUACAAAGUUGAAGGGAAAUCACCAAGGAACGAUAAGCUCACGAUGAUGGUCAUGCAAUGGGGUCAAUUCAUCGACCACGAAUUUGUAGCUACACCUAUCCUUAAAGGUGAAGAGGGAGCUAAUAUAGAAUGUUGCGGCGAAGGAAACGAAAAUAGGACACAAUGCUUUCCUAUCCGUAUACCAAAUGACGACCCCUUCUUCAAUAAAACGUGUAUGGGAUUUGUACGUUCUGCACCCGUGUCAGAUCACAAUUGUGAACCAGGUUUCCGGGAGCAGAUGAACCAAGUGACUUCAUUCAUAGAUGGCUCUGGAAUAUAUGGCUCUACACUUAACAGCACCAACGCAUUGCGUACAAUGAACAACGGUUUGCUUAAGACAUUCAAUGAUAGCAGCGAAACAGAUAGUAAACUACUACCCAAGGAUUCCAAUGACAAGUGCACACUUGAAAAGCCAGAAGAUCGCUGUAACCUAGCAGGAGAUGCACGUGUUAAUGUGGUACCAAGUCUUGGUUGGAGUCACACGUGCUUUAUGCGAGAACACAACAGAAUUGCACGAAAGCUUGCAAAAGUUAAUCCGCACUGGGAUGACGAGACGUUGUUUCAACAAACUCGACGUAUAAUGGCUGCAAUUAUACAGAUUAUAAACUAUAAAGAAUACUUACCUGCCAUACUUAACGAAGAGACAAUGAAGAAGUACGAACUCAACUUGAACACAAAUUCGUAUUCAUGUAAAAAAUGUUACAAGCCGGAAUUGAACCCGACAAUUUUCAACGCCUUUGCUGUUGCAGCAUUCAGGUUUGGACACUCACAGAUCGCCGACUAUCAGGCUUUGAUGAGCAAACAGUACAAGUUUAUUGAGAAGAAACCUAUCGAAACAACAUAUCAUCGUCCACAUAUGAUAGUGCAUGAUCAUGGAACUGGAUUAGAUGGAAUCGCUCGAUGGCUGGCAGCCGAUCAUAGCCCGCUUGCUGAUAGCCUAUUUGAAGAUGGUACUAGAAAUAAGCUGUUUAUGGACAAGCAGGGCAACAGUCUUGACCUUCCGGCGUUAAACAUACAACGCGGCCGGGACCAUGGAAUCCCAGGGUACAACCAUUGGAGGAUCCAUUGUCGUCUUGACAAGGCUAACAUGACAAAGGACGGAGAAUUUAUAUUACCUGACCACAACGAGAAUGAAACACACAAGUUAGAGCAUACUUACAGAAAUGUUGAUGAUAUAGAUCUUUUUGCGGGUGCAAUGACCGAGACUUUACUACCUGAUAGCUCAGUUGGACCAACGUUUGCUUGUUUGAUAGGUAAACAAUUCGGAAAUCUCAAGAAUGGCGACAGAUACUGGCACGAAACUCCGGACCAGAUCAUCAGAUUCACAGAAGAUCAGCUGGCAGAGCUCCGAAAUGUGACAUUGGCAAGGGUUAUGUGUGAUAAUUUUGAGAUAGACAAGAUACAACCAAAUACGUUCCGAGUACCAGGACCCGGAAACGAAAGAGUGGACUGUACCCAACUGCCUGCAAUCGAUUUAGACAAAUGGAAAUCGUGUACAAAAUUGUUACCAGACGGCAGGCCUAAUUUCAAGAGAAACUGUGGGAAGAAAAGAAAUGUUUGAACUGAUAUUCAAUAUUAAAUAUAUGAACAGUAAUAAGCUAUAAGGCCUAAAAAAUGUUUGUUUCCGGUCCUGACCUAUCCUUUUCUUUUGGCACGACCCUAAAUGUUUUUAUGGCCUUGGAGAUUUUUUGUUUCAAUUUUUUAACAAAAAGUUGCAGAACUGCACUUUUUAUGCUUUAAACAUGGUCAGUGAUGUUAAAAAUCAACUUACUGAUGCUCUUAAGCUCUAAAGGCAUAAUCCUCGUAUUUGUACUCUUUUUGACACAAAACUAAUUACCGAAAAGUCCCACUUAAUAA